CCAGGAAUUUGCGUUGUAUGGUAUAUGAUAUAUGUAAAUUUUCUUUAAGCGUCCGAUUUUCGUUACUCUUUCCCAAAAAUAACCUGGCGCUGGCACGUUUCACUACUAAGCUCCAUUCAUCAUCACGGCAACUACUCGUAACACCUAUGGAAACGUUUUAACUCUUAGGCUUCCAUCUGCAGCAUUGCCCCUGGCUCCGGAAUGCUUUUGAUAUGCUGAACGACGAGCACGCCUCGCUGAAACAACAAGGCCUUGCGUAUACAACAACUACUGAUCAAAACAUUAGCAACAAGGACCUCGGUGGCGGAGCACAAGCGCUCCAGCCCCGGCUUGGACUGCCCCAGGCCGGGGAGGAGCGAGCAGCCGACUCUGAGGUCACACAGGCUACUGCUAGCAACAAAGCCCGGCCUUCCAGUGCAAAGUGGCCACCAGAGCAGCAAGGGGUGCAGCAGCAGAGCCAGCAGUCGCAGCGACCAAGCAGCAGUGGCCGGGGCCAAAAGCGACCUAGGGGCGACAUGUCCGACCCGGCGAACACAGCGAGCCCAACCGCCGCUCCAGCGCCGCAGGAGCUGCAGAACAAGUUCGCAGCCGUCAGCGAGCGCUCGGCGCACCUUGAAAUGGCGCUGAAGGAGAAGGAGAACGAGCUGGCGCGCUUAAAGCAGAUGCUUGCGGCGCGGGGAGACCAGCUUCCGGGCCCCAGCACCCAGGCGGGCUCCGCCUCUGUGAUCACUGAGCAGGAGCUCAAGCAGGCGUACUGCUCCUCCGUGCAGGCGCUGAAGGACUACCUGCUCAUGUCCAAUCUCACCAACUACGACAUCACGGGCAAGAACCUGCCCGAGAACGUAACCGCGCAGAUCAAGGCGCUGGUGCACACCAUCAGCAAGGUGUGCCUGCAGAUCCUGAAGCCCGAGACGCCCUUUGUGCUCGAAACCAUCAGCAAGGACUACUCCAGCACCACCACCACCGACUGGGAGCUGGACAAGAACCACUGGAUCAACGUCAUCGCGCAGCUGCAGCUCUCCAACCUCCAAGUCCUCUCCAUCCUGCACGCGCGCGAGCUGCACGUCAACAAGAUGCAGGUGCUGCUGCAGGAGCGGGCCACCAUUGCGCGGCAGGCGGCGGAGCUGACAGCUGCCGCCUGCAGCACCAACCCCGCCGGCAUGCUGCUGGACGAGGUGUCCAACAUGCAGGUGCUCAUUCAGCACGGCUACCUCUACUUUGCUCGCAAUGCGCUGCUGCUGCAACGGGUGGUGGACAUGUUCAAGGAGUCGCUGCUCCGCGAGCAGAAGACGGUGAUGGAGCUGUUCCUCAAGGUGCUGUACCAGGUGCUCAGCCCCGUGCAGGCGGCGCUGUUCGUGGUGGAGGCCUUCCCCUACCACUGCGACGUGCUGGCGCUGGCGAACGUGCUGGCGCUGGUGUUUGGCAAGGACGGCAGCAACGUGGGCGGGGUGGGAGGCAUGGCGGGCAUGGGCGCGCAGCCCAACGGGAUGAACGGCGCCGACCCGCUAGACAUCAUGAUGGGCAUGGGAGCCGGCGGGGGCCCAGGAGCAGGAGGAGGAGGAGGUGGAGGUGGUGGCGGCAACACGCUCACGCCGCAGGACGCCAUGCUGCUGCACCAGCACUUUGCAAACGGCGCGUCAGGCGGCGGCGCAGCCGACAAGCUCAGCCUCAUGCAGCAGCAGCAGCCGGGGCAGCAGGACAUGGGCGGUGGCGGACUGGGGCCAGGGAUGCCGGG